AUGAAGAUCCUCAUCAUACCAUAUGAUGGUGGCAACCAGUCCCAGGCCAAUGCCUCCGAGGACGGGGUGACGCGAACGCAACAUGCUGCACGUGAAUACCACCGAAAUGCAAAGCUGCGUAGGGCGAGAACCAAAGGCCGGGUCCCAGAGGGCGACCAGCGACGGCGAAAGCCAAAGAAGGGCGGCUCUACUGGCUCCCCAGAGAUGGAGGACGGCGAGAAGCUUGCAGUCGGGCAGCAGCAGCAGCAGCCAUCUCUGCACACGCUCAUGGGAGUCAGUCGCGCCGAUCCGUUCAAGGCUGGGUGCAAUUCCGACGUCCCAGUCUACGUACACGAGAUGUUAGACCAUGCUAUCUCGUAUCAAUGGUCGGAGUUCCGGCUCUCUGAUGAUGGCGCAGGACUGAACGCCCCUAAAGCCGAGAUCAUGCAGUCCGUGAUGAAGUCCCCUCAAGCAUGGUAUGCCGUGAUUUUCGCCGGGGCUACUCACGACGCAUACCAACACGGUGCGUUUGGAGUGCCGAAGCAGAACGAGCAGCUCAGGCUGUAUUACAAGACAAAGGCCAUCGAAGCGCUGCUGGAGGACAUUGGCCAGAACGGCGAUAUGGUAUCCGAGGAGACCCUACUGAGCAUGAUCGUUCUAGCUUCCCACGGGACCGGUGAGAAGCUCCGGGGCGCAGACUCGGCCAAGCGGCGAGACCUGCGCCUGCCUUUCGUGCCCCAUGUGCAUGGUGUGGAAUACUACUCGGCCAUGGACACCGGUUCGGAGCAUCUCAACGCCGUGUACUCGCUGGUGGACAAAAGGGGAGGUCUUCGAUCGAUCCGGCUGAGAAGCCUGGCCAUCUGUAUCCAAUUGUACGACAUCUAUGCCUCUUGGAAGAAGUUAGAGCCUCCUCAUUUUGACCUCCUGGCGCCAACAACCUACGCCAUCAGUCUGAGAGCCCACAAAUCCGAUGCUGUCGCCUGCGAGUUGCUCAAGGAGCAUACGGCUGGCUUUCACGCGUUACUCAGCACUUACACCACCCUUGAUCGCCUCGUCGAGAUCGCCGAACAUGCGAGUAUCUUCUCGGCAGACUUCGACCAACUGAUCCGGUGCUACAGUCUUCCCAAAGAGCAACGGGGUCAGGGCACGCCCAACAUUGCGCUUGUGAAAUUCACUCGCUGGUGCGUGCUCCAUGAUAUCCUGAUGCUCCCUGUAUCGGAGACCUAUCAUGUCCUUGAGCCGGAGCACACGGUUUCUGAGAUCUGUCGCCUCAUUUUGCUGGCAUAUGCUGUCUUCGCAAUUGUGCCUAUGUUGCCCGAAACCAAGAUACACGAGCGGUUGGCCGAAAGGAUCGAACGCAUCCUUCACGACGCUGUCGAGCUGGCGAUCCCCGCGAGACACCCGGAACUGUUCCUCUGCGCCGCGGGCUGGGGUUUCAUGUGUGCGCACAAGGCCGUCGGUCUUCGCAAGCUAGGGAAGCUGCUGCGGAGUUUCGUCGCGUUCUUAGAGUACCAGGACGUGGUGAAGCUGCAGUCGGACGAAUGGCCGGCCGUUGUGGACGUUAUGGGGUCCUUCCUGUGGCUAGACUCUUACUGUGAGGAGCCCGGCCAAAAGUUCUGGGCGUGCGCGUGUGGCAUUGCACAGAAGUACUUUACGAGGGACUAA